AUGCCUCCUUCCGCCCCGCCACUCAUCAUCACAACCGAUCUUGAUUCGUCAUCACCUACCGAUAACCUUGGCCCAUCACCAACCAAUAACACACCUCCCGCUCUUGCCCCUCCCAUUGACGAUGAAGCCCUAGUCCAAUCACAUAAUCAACAUCCAAUCACACCACCUCGAGGUAGAAGCGGUAGUGUACCGAUAAAUGAUCCAUCACACCUUUCCCCUUCUCAUGCUCACCUUCAUCCAAAUGGACAUACACAUUCCCCUACUCCUUCAUGGUCUUCAGGUGUCACUCCCCCUUCACCAACCUUGACCAAUUCUUCCGUUCAUUUUUCAGAAGAAGCUGUGACUCCAUCUUCACCAGUCCCUCCAACCUCUCUCGCUUUGCGGGAAAAUUACCCAACCGCAGAUUCAGGAAUGGAGACAUUGAAAGUCGUAGAUCAGAAUGAUCCUCAACGUCACAAACGAGGCUGGUCAGUUGGAACUUGGUCUUCUGAAGGUGCUACCGAAGAAGGUCAUUCUCAUUUUGGCAAAUCUCCUCAAAAAGAUAAAGAUGCUUUGAGCAGGAUGACAACGGGAACCACAGCUCAUACCAAAUCUGAAAUCAAAGCAGAGAAGAAAAACGCAAAGAAGGAAAAGAAGAGCAAAGAUGGCGGAGAAGAGAAAAAACCUGUUCAAGCCGCUCAUCUCGAUCCAGACAAGGAUACAACGGAUCCUACUCCAUUCAAAGAAAAACCAUCAAGAUUAGCAAUGCUCGUUGAUCCAAAGUCCCUCGAAGAUCUUGAAAAGAUUGGCGGUGUGAAAGGCUUACUUCAUGGAUUAGGUGUAGACGGAAAGAAAGGUCUGAAUGGUGGUACCAGUGAAGGAAAAGUUGAAACCGGUGCUCCAAGAAGCUCUUCAGAAAUGCCUGGUUCCAAUGAACCCCAAUGGCGAACAGGUAUGGAUGACAGAAGACGUAUAUACGGUAAGAACGAAUUGCCUGAAAGGGUUAGCAAGAGUUUAUUACAACUCAUGUGGAUAGCCUUCAAGGAUAAAGUCUUGAUUCUUCUGUCCAUUGCGGCCGUGGUUUCACUUGCCCUCGGUCUAUAUCAAGAUCUCGGUACUCCUCCCGAGGUUAUAUUCAAUGACGACUGUCCCCCUCCUGGGGGUUGUACAGAGCCUCAAGUCGACUGGGUCGAAGGUGUUGCCAUUGUUGUUGCUAUUAUCAUUGUCGUUAUGGUUGGUUCAGUGAAUGAUUGGCAAAAGGAACGUCAAUUCAAGAAGCUGAAUGCUCAACGUGAAGAUCGAACAGUCAAAGCCAUCAGAGGCGGUAACGAAAUGGUCAUCAACACAAAAGAUCUCGUUGUCGGUGAUAUCUGUUUACUCGAGCCAGGGGAAAUCCUUCCCGUCGAUGGAGUUUUCUUACGUGGUCAUAAUGUUCGAUGUGAUGAAUCUGGAGCUACUGGUGAAUCCGAUGCCAUCAAGAAGUUUACAUACGAUGAUUGUAUCGCGGAACGAGACUCACUUCAACCCGGUGAAAAAGCCAAGAAGGAUUGUUUCCUUAUAUCUGGUGGUAAAGUGCUUGAAGGUGUCGGAGAAUAUGUGGUUAUUUCUGUCGGAACAAAUAGUUUCAACGGUCGAAUCAUGAUGUCUAUGCGAGGUGACUCUGAAAAUACACCUUUACAAAUCAAGCUGAAUGGUCUAGCCGAGUUGAUCGCCAAACUAGGUGCAGCCGCAGGUCUUAUUCUCUUCGGUUCACUCAUGAUUCGAUUCUUCGUUCAGCUCAAAACAGACCCAGAUAGAUCAGCAAAUGAUAAGGCUCAAGCAUUCAUCCAAAUCCUCAUCAUCGCCGUCACAUUGGUCGUUGUCGCUGUUCCUGAAGGUUUACCGCUCGCUGUCACCUUGGCUCUUGCAUUUGCUACGAAGCGAAUGACGAAGCAGAAUCUGUUGGUCAGGGUUUUAGGUUCCUGUGAGACUAUGGCAAACGCUACGGUUGUCUGCACCGAUAAAACUGGAACACUUACGCAGAAUGAGAUGACUGUCGUCGCCGGAUCUCUAGGUGUACACGGUAAAUUCGUCAAGAACCUCUCAGAUAACGCAUCUCGAUCGAACGCCAAUGAUGUCGAAGGCGAACAAGUCCGUGAUGAUUUCGCUUUCGAAAUGGAUGAUAUCAAUGCUGUCGCUUCUUCCGAACUCACCAGUCUAUUAAACGAGGCUAUCUGCAUCAACUCAUCUGCAUUCGAAGACAAAGACGAAGAGGGCAACCUCGGCUUUGUUGGUAGUAAAACCGAAACUGCUCUAAUGAAGUUCGCCAAAGCAUCAGGAUGGGCCGAUUGGAGGAAAACUCGAGAAGCUUACCCUGUCGUUCAAAUGAUACCCUUCAGUUCAGAAUUGAAAGCCAUGGGAGUUGUCGUAAAGAUAGGUGAUCGUUAUCGACUCUAUGUUAAAGGUGCAAGUGAAGUCUUGACGAAGAAGUGUACAAAACACGUUGUUGUCUCUGAAGAUCAUGACGCGAACUCUAAGCUCCAGACCAUCGAUUUUACGGAAGACACGAUGAACAACAUCAUGAAGACUAUCAUCUUCUACGCGAACCAGAGUUUGAGAACAAUCGCUCUUUGUUACAAGGAUUUCGAAUCUUGGCCACCUACUGGGACACAAAAGAAUGCUUCAAACGAAAUUCCCUUUGAGCAACUUGCUCAAGAUCUAAACCUCAUCGCAGUCACUGGUAUCGAAGACCCCCUUCGACCAGGUGUAAGGGAAGCUGUAGAGAAAUGUCAAAGAGCUGGUGUCGCAGUCAAAAUGUGCACCGGUGAUAAUGUUCUUACAGCAAGAUCAAUUGCUAAUCAAUGUGGUAUCUUUACCCCUGGUGGUAUCAUUAUGGAAGGUCCGUUGUUCAGAAAGCUGUCUGAUGCCGAAAGACUCGAAAUCGUCCCUAGACUUCAAAUCCUCGCCCGAUCUUCACCCGAAGAUAAGAAGAUUCUCGUAGCUACCUUGAAAGGGAUGGGAGAAAUCGUUGGUGUUACCGGUGACGGUACAAAUGACGGACCUGCGCUCAAACUCGCCAACGUUGGAUUCGCUAUGGGUAUUGCCGGUACCGAGGUCGCUAAGGAAGCAUCUGAUAUCAUCUUGAUGGACGACUCUUUCAAGAACAUUGUACUUGCUAUUAUGUGGGGUAGAUGUGUGAAUGACUCAGUCAAAAAAUUCUUACAAUUCCAAAUUUCCGUCAAUAUCACUGCCGUCGUUAUCACCUUCGUUUCCGCCGUUGCAUCCAGUGAAGAACAGUCUGUUCUUACUGCCGUUCAACUACUUUGGGUCAACUUGAUCAUGGAUACUUUUGCCGCUCUCGCCCUUGCCACUGAUCCCGCCACCGAAGCCUCUCUUGAUCGAAAACCGGAUAGGAAAGGCGCUCCUCUUAUCACAGUGGAAAUGUUCAAGAUGAUUUGUAUUCAAGCCGUCUAUCAAAUCAUUGUUUGUCUUGUACUCCAUUUCGUGGGAUUAAGAAUACUCGGUUUACCUUCUACCGAUCAAAACAAUACAGAACUGGGAGCUUUGGUAUUCAACUGUUUCGUCUUUUGUCAAAUCUUCAAUCAACUCAAUUGUCGUCGAUUGGAUAGAAAGCUCAACGUCUUGGAAGGCUUCUUCAGAAAUUGGUAUUUCAUCAUUAUCUUCGCUAUCAUGGUUGGUGGUCAAAUAUUGAUUAUCGAAGUCGGUGGUGCCGCUUUCCAAGUUACUCGACUGGGUGGAAGAGAUUGGGGAAUUUCAUUGAUAAUAGGCGCUAUCUCCAUUCCUAUCGGAACCAUGGUUCGACUGUUACCUACUGGGCCAUUUGAAAGAUUACUUAUUAAACUUCAUAUCUACGCCGACCCCAACAGCUUACCUGUUGUCGCUCCCGAAGUAGAGGAUGAAAAGUACGAGUACAAUCCAGCUUUGAACAAGAUCAAAGAUAACUUGUCCACCUACGCCAAUAUUCGUGGUGGAAGACUUAGAGCUAGUUCAAUAGUAGCUAAGAGUAGAUCUGCUCGAUUGAAGGAAGCUGAUAUACAAUUACCUUCGCUUUUGACAAUGGUUCCUACUCUUAUUGCUGGUACCGUUGGUGCCGGUGCACAUUGGGUACAUGAAGCCACCGGACAAGCAACUUUGUCCAACCCAGCCGGAUCUGAUCCAUCAAGAUCUACAGCAGAGCUAUUCCAAGGAAAAGUACAAUUACAUCCUCAAACAGAUCGAAAUGAUCCAAUGUAUAGUAAAUUCGGUAUAACGCCGCCUACUCAAACAGAAGCUGGAUCAGGAUCAAUGUCAGUCCCAUCUACUACUGGUAGAAAUGCAGGUAGAAAACAGAAUGAUCCUGAGAAAGGUGCCCGAUAG